AUGGUGGGACUAGCUCAACCAAUGCCUAAGAAGGUGUCAAGGAGCCAGCUCGACCGACAGCUCGAUCGAGCUAGAAACCAGGGCAACUCGAUCGAGUUCCUCAACUCGACCGAGCAAGCAGCAUUCACAAAGAAGGAGAUAACAAGAGGAGCAAGGAGGAUACUCAAGACACUAACCAAGGAGGAUGAGGAAGAGAUUGAGAGAGAGGGUGAUGACUCCCAAGAGGAAGGAGAAGAGGUGAAUCAAGAGAUUGAGGAGAGUGAGCAUGAGAGCAAUGAGAAUGUGCCCAUGGAAGAGGAGGAGUCAGAGGAAGAAGAGGAUGAGCUCCCCAUGUACCAAGAGCACUAUGAUGCUCUCUUCUCCAUGGACUUUGUGGAGACCAAGUACCCACAUGAUGACACAAUGAAGGCUCUUGGGAUCUUUGAGAUGUGGAGUUGGUCCUCAAGAACAUGCGCUUGGCCAAGUUCUUCUCUUACCGCAUGGAGUCAUACAAGGAGCUCACUUGUGAGUUCUUGGCUCAAUGAGGUUCCACAAGUACAGGAGCUCGAUCGAGCUGAGUUGGACCAAGGUUGGGGAUGGAUCACGUUCUUGGCAAGGGGAGAAAGAAGGUCUAAGGCAGCUCAGAUCAGGAGCCCAGUGUUGAGAUAUGUGCACAAGGCUCUUGCCAACACCUUCUUUGCAAGGAAAGGCGACUGGGACAAUCAAUGA